CACUCCCUGUAACGUAUUAAUAUACAACACUUCCUCUCAUGAUCAAAACAUAUCAUCUUUACAUCCAGCCAAGAAAAAAAAAAUGGAUUCAUCAAGAGACGCCGGAGAAACUUAUCAGAGCAAAUAUAAAGGUAUCCGUCGUCGGAAAUGGGGAAAAUGGGUAUCGGAGAUUCGUGUUCCGGGAACCCGCCAACGUCUCUGGUUAGGCUCUUUCUCGACGGCCGAAGGCGCUGCCGUAGCCCACGACGUCGCUUUUUACUGCUUGCACCGACCAUCUACCCUCGACGACGAAUCUUUUAACUUCCCUCAAUUGCUCCCAACCUCCCUCGCUUCCACCACAUCUCCUAAAUCUAUCCAAAAAGCUGCUUCUGACGCUGGCCUGGCCGUGGACGCCGGAUUCAACCUAAACAACGACGGUGCUGUGUCUGGUAGUGGUGGCACCUAUGAAGAUAGAUCGCCAACGGCGGACAUGGAAGACGAGAGCGAACUUAGCAUCUCCGUGUACGAUUAUUUGGAAGACGAUCACGUUUGAGUAGGUUUUUAGCAAUUAAUACAGGAUGUGCUUAGUUUUAGGAUUUGUUAAAGUUUUAUUAUUUUCUGUUACACUUCUGAUUCUUUUUUCCCCUGCCCUACGUGAGCUCUCAUAUCUCAGGCUUCUUUUCUUAUGAUGUUAGUUAUAUACCCAAAUAGCUCAACCGGUUAGAAAUGUUGUUUUGGUGUUUCAUAUCCGAGUUUGAGUUGAUUGUUCUGUUUUGAUAGGGAUCA